UUCAAGAUAACAAAGCGUGUCGUCGAGCAGGUGAGCGGACAAACAGUCAUCUCCCUUGGCAACAGCCUCGUUAAUGCAAACACUGGGUCUCCAUGCGCACAUUGUGACCCGGCAGCCCCCAAAGCAGACAUGGACGAAUCUCCCGCCGAGGACCGCCGACUGGACUUCAUUGAGGACUACGUGCUGAGGACUCUUCAAGUUAAACACGACCGCUGGCAGAAGUGCGUGUCCUGCGAGGAGAACUUGCGUGUCCUGCGGGACUUUCUGGACGUACCGGGACAGAGGAGCUUAGUGGUGUCUGUGACCGCUGCUGGACUUCUGCAGCCCGCCGCUGGAUUCACUUUCCAGUCCGGAAUCAAAGCGGUCUACUUUCUAAAGACUAGGAACACACAGCUUAGUCCGGACCGGAUGAAGGACUGCCUGGUCUGUGGGGACUUGUCCUACGCGCCGUUGGACCACUUGUCUGUCCUGGUUGACGAGGUUGUGGCCCCGUUGCUUUCCAACAGCAGCAACCACACUGAAUGGCCUCAGGUAGUGUCCGAAGAAGUCAGACACCUCAUACACUCCCUCAAGAGCAAUGUGUUUGUGGUGUCGGGCCAAGUGCAAGGCAAGACACUCUUGUCACUUCCUGUUGGUUUUGAGGGAAGGGGAAAAGCCGCCUUGGAGACAGACAAGAGGGGGGAAAUGGUAGAUAAAAGCAUCAUCCACUCCUUGGAGUCUGCAGUGAUUGAGUGGAGCCAUCAGAUCCGUGCAGUGGUGAAACAAGACUCGGCAAAGCUUUUGGUUGAAGGCAAAAACCCAACACCGCACACAGAACUGCUCCUUUGGAAGAACAGAUGUGCUGAUUUGGAGUGUAUUUACUCCCAGUUAACAUCACACAAAGGGAACAAAAUGAAGAUUCUUCUGGAUGCUGUGGAGAGCAGCUAUUCCCUGGCUUUUCAAAACAUCCUGCGGGAUGUCCUUGCAGCGUUGGAGGAAGCAAAGGACAUCUGCACCUACUUGACACCUCUGCAGCACCUGAUUGAGGACAUGGAGAAUAGAGAAUUUUCUGAUGUCAAGAAUCAAAUAGGCCCAAUGAUGCACACUGUGUGCCUUGUGUGGGCAAACUCUAGAUACUACAACACCCCAGCACGACUCAUUGUUCUACUGCAAGAGAUCUGCAAUGUCUUCAUCCAACAGGCUCGGGGUUAUUUGGUGCCUGAGGAACUUUUCAAAGGAGAGGUUUCUGAGAGUCUCUUGAAAGUUCAGACCAGCCUAAACAUCUUGGAGCUAUUCAGGAGCACCUACAAGGAUCGAAGAGCCAAUCUGGACCAAUACCAGAGGAACGGAAGCAUGGUAAAACCCUGGGAUUUUUCCCCUGCUUUGGUUUUCUCUGGACUUGAUCACUUCAUCCAUAGAGUCAAGGCUGCAGAAGACAUUCUUUUGACGGCCGCAAACUUGCUCAAGCUUGAGAAAUUGGAAAUUGGAGGUGUUCAAGGUCGAGCACUUAGCCAGCAGGUCCAGCUACUCUACCAGGAUUUUAUGGAGCGUUUCAAGAUCUUUACAGAGAAGCCUUAUGAUUUAGACUUCCUAGACCUCAACAAUAAGGAGUUUGAGGAAGAUGUGAGAGACUUCAAACUGAUGGUGGAUGACACAGACCGACGACUAGGAGCCAUCUUCUGUCACGCCUUUGACGAUGCUUCUGGAUUAGAGCAAGCCUUUAAGGUUCUGGAUAUGUUUGGUGGCUUGCUGGAGCGCCCCGUGGUAGCACAAGAUGCGUUGGACAGAUACCCUCACUUAGUGAACAUGUUUGGCAAGGAUCUAGACUGCUGCAAAGACCUCUACUUCAGACAUAUUAAGACUGCAAAUGAACUGGUCAGUAAGAAUAUGCCAGAUGUUGCUGGACGGCUGAGAUGGGCCCAGGAGUUGCAGCUGCGAAUCCAAACAUCCUUCUCCAAAUUGAGACACCUCUCCUACCCGUGA